AUGCCGCCAGGAGGAGGACGACCGCCCGGCUCCCGCCAGAGCCCUUCUCUGCGCGUCCGCGACCUCAUCACCCUAAGCUUCCUGCUACCUAUCGCAGCCUCUGCUCUGCAGCAGCAGCCACUCUACCCGCCCGAGAAGCACCGUCCCGCCGACGACCUCGCCAAUGCUGCCUCUGCCGCAGAAAAGCAAUGGGCGACCGUCGCCGAUACCCUCCAGACGCCCCACAGCGGCCAGCGAGGCUUCCGCGACACCGACAUAAGCAUCCAAAACAAAAAUGACAAGUCUGUUCGUACAUCAGCCCGUCCAAAAGAUGGCGCCCUUGCGACUGUGUCCUCUGCUGCCGCCAAUUCGGCGGCCAGCGGGCAACCUCCUGCCUCGUUGCCGGCAAGCACCGCCGGCAUCACCACGCGACAACCGGCGCGGAAUCUGCAGGAUUGGCAGGUCGAGGACAUUAUGCUCCUGGCGACUGUGGAUGGUAGCCUGUACGCACGAGACCGAAAGACCGGCGCCCAUCGCUGGAAGCUGGAGUCUGACCGUGAGAUGGUCGAGAGCAUUCGGCACCGACACAACAACACCGUGGACGAGAAUGGCCUGGAGCAGGAGGAUCCGCUGUUCGUUGUGGAGCCGAGCCAGGAUGGUAUCAUUUACCUCUUGACUCCCGGCUUUGGUCUCCAGAGAUUGCCAUACACCGUCAAACAGCUAGCCGAUCUGGCCCCGUACGCUGGUGAUGGAUAUCCGGCAGUGGCAUACACUGCCGAGAAGAAGAACACCAUCUACACGGUAGAUGCUGCAACCGGCAACAUCUUGAAGAUUUUCAGCUCGGCCGGCUCCAUUGUGAACGAUGACCGCAGUUGCAGGAAGGCGAGCCCACUGGAUCUGGAAGAGCCCGAGUGUGACCCCAUUGGAACAUUGACCUUGAGCCGGACCGAAUACACCAUUGGCAUCCAGGAUCGAAACACUGCGGAGCCAAUCAAUACAAUUCGUUACUUCGAGUGGGGAACGAACAAUCGUGACCAUGACCUGCGCAGCAAGUAUCAGUCGACCAUGGACAACAGGUACAUCUAUCCGAAGUUCAACGGCUACAUCCAGAGCGUCGAGGUCGACCCGGGAAAGCCGAAGCUGCCAAGCAGUAAGAAAGUCAGCUACCAGAAGAAGUUUGCAACGCCCGUCGCGAGAGUUUUCGACGUUGUCCGCCCUCUUGGAGACCCGUCAAGCGACGCCGCACUGGUCAUACUACCGCAGCCGCAGUUACCGAAGAUCACGGAUGGUAAAUCUGACGAUGAAGACAUCGACAACGUAUGGGUCAAUUGUACAGAUUCAGGCAAUUGGUACGCUUUGUCUGAAUCAAGGUAUCCAAGAGUGACCGAAAGAGCCCCCCAAGCACGAUACUACGAUCUCGUGGGCAGCUCCAAAGGCGUGCCCCUUUCAAGAAACAUCUUCGCGGGUGUUCAUUACCUGUCUACGGACAAUGCACCUCCGGGCAGCAACCGGAUAGGAGGAAACAAUCGACUCACGAUUGAUGCACCGGCCGAGGAGAUAAUCUAUGGCAGACAGACUGAUCUGACAGUCCCGCACCCCGCCCAAAACAGCAUCAAUACCUUGGCCACGGUUGUUCUCACACUUGUCAUGAUCGGUUUGGUGUCCUGUGGUGUACUGUACAAACAAUACGGCAUAGCACCGUGGAAUUUGAAGUUGCCGCCACUUGCGCCCAGAAUUACCUUGCCAAAUGGAGAGGUUGCAGAACUGGGAAAGCCCCUGCCAGAAACACCAAUGCUUCGCGAGGGCGAGCCCGCCAAGGAGACCAUCUUUCCUCACGACGAAGGUAAUCCUGCCCCGCGAGUGCGCUUCACAGAGCCUCCAAAGGAAGAGGGCAGCCCCGACAAUCACGAGGCUGCAGCCGAGGGGGAUGAAGAUGCCAAGGAAGGUGCUGAGCCAAAGAAGAAGAAGGCAACGAGGGGAAAGCGAGCGGGUAGGAAGCAGAAGGAGAAAGAGGCAGCACAAGCUGAGUUCCGAGCCCAAAAGUACGGCACCGCGGUUCCUCAGGUGGCAGAGGUCAUCAGCGUGGCCGCGUCCGAAAGUUCUCAGGUAUCUGGCCCUCUGCAAAUCAACAGCCUUGUCAUUCACACCGACAAAAUCAUCGGGACUGGAAGCUGUGGCACCAGCGUGUUUGAAGGGUCCUUUGAGGGACGCGCAGUCGCCGUCAAGCGAAUGCUUUCACAGUACUACGCGUUGGCAUCUCAGGAAGUGUCCUUCUUGCAACAGAGUGACGACCAUCCCAACGUCGUACGUUACUUUUGCCAACAGAAGGACGACCAUUUCUUGUACAUUGCGGUGGAACUAUGCCAGGCGAGUCUUUUCGAGACCUGGAAGCCUGAUGUGGCGAAGCUAUCAGAAGAGAGGUUACAACAACUCCAAACGUUGAAGUCCGCAAUGCAGCAGGACAUGACGAAGACCUUGCAACAGCUGGCAGCUGGCCUUCACCACCUGCACAACUUGCGUAUCAUCCAUCGCGAUAUCAAGCCGCAAAACAUCCUCGUCGCUUUCCCAAAGAAGAGCCAUCUGAACGGGACCCGACUGGUCAUCUCGGACUUUGGGCUCGGCAAGAACCUCCCCGAAAAUGUCAGCACCCUGAACGAUCAAACCGCCAACGCCGGAACUGCGGGCUGGAAAGCUCCUGAGCUUAUCACGCAACCCCGAGAGACGUCUAGCAACAACACUCACAGCACCUCGAAUAACAGUGAAAGCGGUGCUGGUGCUCCAAGCGGAGUCAAGCGUGCUGCUGAUAUCUUCUCACUCGGGUGCUUGUUCUUCUGGGUCCUCACGGACGGCGUCCAUCCUUUCGAGGACGAGAAUGGCUGGAUGCAAUUGCGCGAACUCAACAUCAAGCGUGAUAGGAAGAACAUGGAUGCUCUGGAGAAAUGGUCUGAUGCGUAUGAGCCCAUGCAGUUGAUAAGCUCAAUGCUGGAGCAUCAGCCGGAGAAUAGACCGACAGCACAGACUGUGCUCAAUCAUCCCUACUUCUGGUCUCCUGAGAAGCGUCUGGCCUUCCUUUGCGACUGCUCCGACCACUUUGAACGUGAGCCGCGUGGCACUUACGAAGAUGACUAUGCUGGCGACUCGGUUCAUCUCCGGAUGCUGGAAGACCGUGCCGAAGAAGUCAUCGGUGCACCAUAUGAGCGUGCCGAUUUCCUGUCGAAGCUUGAUCGCCAGUUUGUCGAUACUCUUGGCAAGCAGAGGAAGUACAGUGGCAACCGUCUGCUGGAUUUGUUGAGAGCGCUGCGCAACAAGAAGAAUCACUACGAGGACAUGCCUGAGCACGUCAAGAAGCAUGUUGGACCACUCGCGGGCGGCUACUUGAGCUAUUGGGGCAAUCGCUUUCCGAAGCUGUUGAUGACUUGCUACGAAGUCAUCCACAAGGCGGGCGUGCAGGGCAAUGAUCGAUUCAAGGGUUACUUUGCGCUGGGAAAUCCCUGA